CGACUCAGGCGCCGCAGCCGGGGGCCGCCUCCAUGGUGCGGGGCAGCGGCUGCUGAAGUCAGCGAAACCGAGCCUGGCCCGGAGCAGGCCGCGCGCGAGGCCAAGGCCAUGGCGGUAGCCACGUCGAGGCUGCCCCUGGAUGGAGGGGAGGGGGCGAGACCAGCCCGAGUCCUGUCUGCUCUUUUAUGGGCGGGAACAGAUGGCCACUGGUGGUUGGCAGGGGCUUGUGAUUGGGAGGCCCAGCUGGCCCGGGCGCUCUAUGACAACACUGCCGAGUCCCCCCAGGAGCUGUCCUUCCGCCGAGGGGACGUUCUACGGGUGCUGCAGAGGGAGGGCGCUGGCGGGCUGGACGGCUGGUGCCUGUGCUCCCUGCAUGGCCAGCAGGGCAUCGUGCCCGCCAACAGAGUGAAGCUCCUUCCUGCUGGCCCAGCACCCAAGCCCGGCAUCUCCCAGGUACCCCCAGCCCAGCCUGGCUCACCAUCUCCAGCCCCAGAGCACAGCAACGAGGACCAGGAGGUGUAUGUGGUACCACCCCCAGCUCGGCCCUGUCCUACCUUAGGACCUCCAGCUGGACCCUGCCCGCCCUCCCCUGACCCCAUCUACAAGGUCCCCAGAGGCAAUGGGACCCAACUGGCUGCCCCUGGAGACGCCUUGGAGGUCUACGACGUGCCCCCUGCUGCCCUCCGAGCUCCCACCAGCGGCCCCUAUGACUCCCCCGCCUCCUUUUCCCGCCCUGUGGCGCUGGUUGCCCUGCGGCCUCCCGGAGAGGACGAAGCUCCCUAUGACGUGCCUCUGGCCCCGAAGCCCCCGUCAGAGCUGGAGCCGGAUCUGGAGUGGGAGGGGGGCCGGGAACCAGGGCCCCCCCUCUACGCCGCCCCCUCCAACUUGAAACGGGCAUCGGCCUUGCUCAACCUGUACGAAGCGCCUGAGGAACUGCUAGCAGACGGGGAAGGGGGGGGCACUGACGAGGGCAUCUACGACGUGCCCCUGCUGGGGCCAGAGACACCCCCUUCUCCAGAGCCCCCAGGAGCCUCAGCCUCCAAUGACCAGGACACUCUGGCCCUGCUUCUGGCCAGAAGCCCCCCAACCCCACACAGGCCGCGUUUGCCCUCAGCUGAGAGUCUGUCCCGCCGCCCUCUGCCUGCCCUGCCUGUCCCUGAGGCCCCCAGCCCUUCCCCGGCUCCCUCUCCUGCUCCAGGCCGGAAGGGCAGCAUCCAGGACCGGCCUCUGCCCCCACCCCCGCCCCGCCUGUCUGGCUUCGGGGGCCCCAAGGUGGAGGGGGAUCCAGAGGGCGAGGAGGUGGAGGACGACCCAGCAGGACAGCACAAUGAGUAUGAGGGCAUCCCGCUGGCCGAGGAGUACGACUACGUCCACCUGAAGGGCAUGGAUAAAGCUCAGGGAUCCAGGCCCCUGGAUAAGGCCAUCACGGGGGAUCCCGAACUGCUGGAGGGGGCGCCACCAGAACAGCAGGAGGCCCUGUCCCCAGGGGAACCGCUGCUCCUGCCCGCCAGAGACCUCCAGCUACUGCAUUUCUACGCAGGGCAAUGCCAGAGCCACUACUCAGCCCUCCAGGCGGCCGUGGCGGCCCUGAUGGCCAGCAUCCAGGCCAACCAGCCUCCACACCUCUUCGUGCCCCACAGCAAGCGGGUGGUGGUGGCCGCUCACCGCCUGGUGUUUGUUGGGGACACCCUGGGCCGGCUGGCGGCCUCCGCCCCACUGCGAGCACAGGUCGGGGCUGCAGGAACAGCACUGGGCCAGGCAUUGCAGGCCACCGUGCUGGCCGUCAAGGGGGCUGCCUUGGGCUACCCUUCAGGCCCCCCGGCCCAAGAGAUGGCACAGUGUGUGGCAGAGCUGGCAGGGUGGGCCCUGCAAUUCACCACCCUGCUCACCAAUCUGGCCCCCUGAGGGCCCCUUGGCCCCACUCUGCCCCUUCCCUGCCUGCCAGAGCUCCCCUCCAGGCCUGGGGUGGCUGGGGGGCUCUAUUUUAGGGACAGGGAGUGGUGGAGGUCUUCUUUCCCUCUCCGCCCUUUCCAGUCAUCUCAGUCCCUCACCCGGGGUGGCUCCUCCCCCUACCCCGCAGCUUUUUGUACGAGCCAUUUUGUAUAAAUUAUUUAUAUUUAAUGUUAUUCCCUGCAUUGUCAGGGGCAGGCACCCUGCCCUCCAGGGCAGGGAGGAACUGGACUCUCCCCCUCCCUCAGCCUGGGGUGGAGAUUCUUGGUCACUGCACUGCCACCCACCUCUGGAAGUUUGGCCCCACAGAGAAUCAGGUGGCUGAAACCUGGGGCCACGCGGGGCCCGUUUCUUGUCCUGUUUCUUGGCUCUAGAACAUCAGUGCCUCAUUGUCAGCUGAGCGCAAGGGCAGGGAAUUGACUGCCCAGAAUGUGAAGGUCUGGGAGAGGCCAGGGCGGGAGAGAGCUGGCCCUCGGGCACUGGGCACGCACGUCAAUAAACCCGGCUGUCUGGCUCCCUGCCUCUGCUUCUUGGGAGCCUGGAUGGGGCGGGCCUCAUGCCCCUCAGCCCAAUGGGACACAUGCUGUAGGCAGGAUGCCUGUAGGGUUUUUGGGGAAAUUUUGCUGUUUCUUCAACAACUGUUCUUUCAGCGCAUUUUCAGCUCCCAUGACGUGCCAGGCACAGGUCUGAAGGUGCAUCGUGGGGGUGGGAUGGAUAUGAACAAGUCAAUUAAAAUAAGUAAAUAAAGAAUCUGCCACAGA